GUUGCCCUGUUCCUUGCUAACAUGACGCUAAUGUUGCAGCAAAGGCUCAGGUACGUUGGUAAAAGCUGCUGAGUGGGUGUGAAUCUUUGAUAGUGGUGGUUUUAUUUUUCAUUUAUUAAAACGUACAAACGAAAGCAAAAGGAAUAACGCCUCUGAGGUGUCUCGCUGUUGCUGCUGAGGAGAAAAUGAGGACGUUAACAACAAACGGUACGGAUCCGCUGGACGCCACCAGUUCGCAUGAACUCGCGUCCGCUGUAACGUCUGGUCAUUUCCAGCGCAAAUUCAUAAGUCUUUUCUAUCCCAGAAGCGUCCAACGUGGGCCUUUUAUUGAGCGUUUGCCACAUUUUCUUCUAAGUGGAUGGUUAUGACAGUGAGGAAGAAAGAUGCUGAAAAGUAGCGCUACCGGUUGGGUUCGCGACGCUGGAAAACACAUCAUACCUUGAGCGGCGAAACGGCCACAUGCAAUACACAAUGUAUGGGAGCGAACUUUUUCGCUCGCCUGUUCGCUUCACUUGGUCCCAUGUUUCCGUUGAUGCUCAAGGGUACAUAACCUUAUUUUUAAAGGCAUAAAACGGGUUGUGUCUGUCUAACAGGGGUUCUAAAUUCGCUCUUUCUCUGUUGAGUCACUGACUGUCAAGUCUCGGUCAAAUCUGUCCAGGAAGCUCUUCUCCUCUAAUGUGGGCUAAUGUCAUAGCUAGCUGACUGAAGAACUACCGUUAUCAUUAAAUUGUAGAGCCAGUUGUUCAUUCACAUUGUGGCUCGUAUAAAUGGACACUGGGUUUAUGUUUCUCUUGUUUGUUUUUGCAGAAUGUUGAGGGAACGACUACAGGUUGGCUACUACUAUACUAUCAAACGGUUUAGUUAUGUACUGAUUAAAGGAAACCUUGUGACACCUGUCUGGAGAGGCCUGUAACUACUAACAUGACCAUGAUCAAUUUCAUUUGUUCUGUGUUACCUCUGUUUUGUGUUACCUUUCAAGAUCCCGACCUCGAGAAGACAUACACCAAUCAGUGAUGGUUAUGGAUAAUGAUGGACAACCCUGCUGCCAAUCAGAGUCAGACACCCAGUCAACCAUGGGCAGGGCAGAAUGGCUGGUCCCCAGCUUCACCUCAAGCAGCUCUUUACAACCCUCUGCCAAGCUUUCAGCAUUUGAAUCUGGGCUCUCCUUCUGACCAGAGACUUUGUUCGGAGCACCUGCACCAAAACAGUCAGGGCUGUCAGAGAGACAUCUCUCCAUCCAGAAACAUCACCUGUCACAGUACAGUACAGCCGUACAGCGCUGACCAGAAUGUGCAGCAGAGCAAUCCUAAUGCUUAUGUUUCAUCCAUGGUCACAGCUGCAAGUCAUGGAAAGAUUAUACCUCCAUGUUCGCUUCCUCUUACUCAUGAAGGGACUCAACCUAGGAAGCCAUUUCAGAUGCCAUUUUAUUCCCCUUACAGCCCUUACCAAGCAUCACCCUCUUGUCAGCCUCCGUACUCACACCAGGGAUCACUAAAUGGACCUCAGUCACCUCAUCAAAAGCAUCUGCCCAUCAUCUCUCCAUCAUUUGGACACUGUGUAGGCCAGAUCCCACAGUCUCCAACACAGCCUUUACUUUUGGAGGACGGGUCUAUCAGAUACACCCAUAAUCAUGCCUCACCCACCUCUCCAGUCCAACAGCAACCUCAGUGGGCACUUCAACAACACUCUGCAGGUAGGUCCAGCUGCCGUAUGCAAAUGACAUGCUUGUUGCAGAGGAUCUCACAAAGCACGAAUCAUUAAAAGGUCUUUCAGUGAGGACAGGCCAAAUUGUCUGUUAAAUUCAGAAAAUAACUUCGGCUCUGUCUUGUAUCACUGUAAGAAGAAAUAAGUGUUGCAGCCAACACUUUCGUUUUACUGCUUUUCUCCUUAGAAACCACAAAACAAGUCAUUCCCAGUGCAGCUAUACAGGACGGGAGCUUCACGCCACAGGUGAGAAAAACAUUCGUACACAUGUGCAAUGGUUUUUGAGAUAUCUGCAGAUUGUGGUAUCAUUUUAUAAGUCAGAUGGUUGAUUGAAAAUGGUGCAAAGACAAAAACUAUCAACUGUUAAAACUGAAAAAUGAUGUGUUAUUUUCUGUAUUUGCUCAUUUUUUAUUUGAGACAGAGUGAGCAAACAGUUUGUGGGUAUUGUACCUUAGUGUAAAAUUGGUUAAAAAAAAUUUUCAUCACCUCAAAAGAUCCAAGUAAUCUUUAAAAACCUGUUCAAAAAGAUGCAGAGCUAAAACGAAAACUGGAUGCCUAUAAUUUAUAGGCCCAUAGAUGGCACUACAUUGGUAACACACAUGACUCUGUAGUGGAAGUCACCACAUUGGCUAAAAAUCACCACGAAAAAUCGUUGUAUAUGCACACAGUUUUUCACCCCAUCCACAAAAGUACACCUGAGAUGGCACUAUUAAUGCCCAGACAAAGCCCUCAAAGUCUCAGUAUUGUUGGGACCACAUUAUAUUUGAGGUCUUGAGCAGCAGAGCCCUACAAAGUUAGUCCUCAUGUGUUAAAGAGUUAAGUUUGAAGUAUAAGCUGUUGUACUUUUCUCGCUGCAGUCUCCUAACUCUGAAUCUCGUUAUGGUUUGGACCCUGAGCUCCUUCCAAGUGCUGUAAGUUCAUUCUUCCAAAUUCACUGACCUGGCAUGACAAAUACAAUUUUCUGCCUACAUAAGGGACAUCAGGAAGGAUCUGAUAUGCACCAAUAUGUGCUGUCUUUGAAGUACAUGUUUCAGUGCAUAUUCCUGGUAUGCUAAGGCUUUAAAUUUUGCUUUAUUUCAAUGUAGUGUAUUGUAUCAGCAGUCCUGCCAGUUGACACCUGUGCGCCUCUGUUUCUCUGUCUGUCACAGGUGAAAGUGCUUGCAGAGGACACGGCAGAGUGGGAGGGCAAGGUCUUCGUUUCUGAGCCUUUUUCCAGUCUUCCUCCUCUGCCAACCACCUCUUGUAUCGUAGAGGACAGGGGUAAAACUCACUACACUGUCUGCACUUGUGUAACACAGUUCUGCUCCUUAAACAUUAGUUUUAUCCAGCUCCAUGUAAGAAAACCAAACAGCACACAGUUUUGUCUUUGUUUCAUGCAUGUACAAACUAGUUCUGAUUCUUGUGUUUAUAAACCUCUGAACCCAAAAGGUGCAGAAGAAAUACCGGGAUGGUGUACAUAGAUAUAGAUAUGAUCCCACACAGAUCGAUCGGUAGAGCAGAGGGUUAAACAGCAUUCUUUUCAUAUUGCUAACUUUGAUCGUACAGCGUCAUACUCACACCUUUCUGUCAUUUCUCUCACUUUUAUUGCACUGCAGGUAGCGCUAGUCCUCGUGCCAUCCGAUCUACAUCGUACUGUGUGCCCUGUGAAGGUCAGACUGCCCUGCUGAGCCGCCUGCCGCUGGGAGCUCUGGUCACACCUCUGGCAGAACAAAAUCCUGAAGAGGUCAGUUCCCAACAAAGUCAUGCAAACUUCUCAAAAACAGAGAAGGGGAGAUAUUCUUUUUAUUGAAGUAACCUAUGAGCUGUAAAUAAACACUUAAUAUGAAGAUAUCAGCAUGACGUCUUUUGUAUUUGUGUGUCUCUAGAAGCCCCUGCCUGAGGUGAAAGAGUCAGAGUGUGUUAGGGGAUGCGGCUGGUGUGGCGCCUCCAUGUGCCCGGCGAUGAGCUGGCAGGACUGUGGUCAGAGAUUUUACUGCCCCUUCUGUGGUAAACUCAGUGAAGGUGAGAUUUAACAUUCAGUAUCCAAACAAAAACUAAAUGCUUGAAGCUAAACUGAACAGCGGUGUUUGUCUCACGCUCACUGUACAGCUAUUAAUAGAGCACAUCUGAGACAAAUUCAGUGCAGCAAGAAACAUGAAAAAGACAGGUGCUGAAAAGAGGAACAUAAAAACAAAACAAAAAAAAACCUUUUAAGAGAAAAAACAGGAAUUUGAUUUAAACGUUUACCACUGAGUACUCACAUGAGCUGUUAAAGCCGUGGUUCUCCGAGAGAAUAUUGAACUUUUCAGAGUGUUAAAAUUGUGUCAUCAUUCUCUAACACCAUACACUAAUCUGUCCAUUUUCUUCCUGUUAUCUUCUAGUAAACCUCUGCAUUGACACAACCCCUUUUGUCUUUGACACUGAUGCUUAAAUUAAACUGUUGUUAUUCCUCUUUUAUGUCCCAGUGCCAUGGCAGCACUAUCAGCCCACCAAAGGUGUGGAGGGGGUUCGGGUGGACAAAGACAAGAGAUCUGAGCUCAGUAUGGGGUCUUAUGAGAUUCUCAACUCUGAGAAGGUUAGUCUCCUUUUCGAUUAUUGUCAAUAUUUGCUAGCAGUACCUAAAAUGAAUUAAAACUCAGUCAAAACUGAGACUUAAGAUGCAGGUCUUGAGUUUCUUGUUGAAAUAUCAACUCUCCGUGCUGCCCUCAGGUCUUCAGCUCAGCUUUUUCACAGAUGAGGGCUGUGAUAGUGAAAAAAUGCAUCACCAUGAUUGAGCUUUAGAAACCAGUAUGAAGGCUCUCACAGCAUCAGACUACUUAAAGCUUUAUAAACCAAUAAAAGCCCAUUAAAUCAACUCUAAAAGAUGCUAACAGCCAGUGCAAAGGCUUUCAGAUUAGUGUGAUGUGAGCUCUUCUUUUGGUCUGUGUGAGCAGGUCUGAGUUUUACAGCAGCUGAAGCUUCUUUACCCUGUAGAAGAUUCAUGUUAAUGACAAAACAUGACUUUACUGUAUUUUACAUUGAAUAAAUCAAAAGUGUAACUGCACCUCUAAAGUGUUAUUUAAGUACAUAAACUUGUCACGAUAGAUAUUGAUGUUUGAGAUCAAUAUUUGCUUUAUGUCAGGGGGAACCUGCUGCUCUGCUCCUGGCCAUCGAUGUGUCUGCUUCAGCAUUAAGAGGAGGACAUUUAGAGUUUGCAACACAACAAAUCCUCACUCUGCUCACCUCUUUGAAUAGGUAAAACUCGCCCCCUCCUCACUUUGUACUUAUGCUUCCUCAAGAACCAGCAACAGUUGUCCAUGAUUGAGUUUCCAGCCAGCAAAAGUUUGAAAAGGUUUCUCCCGUUUAUGAAGGGAGGAUGGGGAGGACUUGUCAGACAUCCGUGUCGGUUUGAUGACGUACGACAGCCACAUCCACCUUUAUGACCUCAGCCCUGCUUUGUCCCGCCCACACAUGCUGGUCAUCACAGAGACAGAGGACCUGCAGCUUCCUGUGAGGGAGGGGCUUCUGGUGUCCCUGAAGGACUGCAUAGAUGGAAUCGACAGGUUUGAAAAGCUUACUGACCAUUUUUCCCUCAUGGGUUUUUCUGAGUCUGUAUGCUGAGUGAUGUGGAAAUGUCUCCUCUGAUGGUUUUGUGCACCUCUUUUAUAAAUGAAAUCUCUUGUUCUUGCUUUAAGAAGCCAAAGUUCACAAAGUUCUUGGGGUGAAGGCAAAACCGUGAACUGUUGUUGUCGUGUGUUCAGUGUGUUGCAGCUGAUUCCUCAGUUUGCUGCAGAGGGUGAUAAUCCUCAAGGAGUCCCUAUGGAGCUGCCUGUCAAAGCAGGACUGGCUGUGCUGCAGGUCAGUACGAUUUAACCCCAUCUGACAUGACUGGGGGCCCAAAACUAAUUCUCCUGAGACUGUUAGUGGGCUGUGAGACAACACCGCUCCACUUGACGUCUGGGUCUCAUCUCAACCUGUACGGAUUAUAUUUUGCAUACCUGGCUACCAACCACCUGGCUGUGUUGCUAACUUCUUUUGUGUUCACAGAAAAUAAAUUCAAACUUGUGUGGCACACAGACUUGAUUGUUUUUGUGUUUCCAGGCUCUGAAUUGUCCUGGAAAGCUGCUGAUCUUCCACACUGCCCCUCUGGUAGAGAUGGCCAACACAAACUCAUCCUCAGGGUUUUUUGGAUCCAACAAACCAAAGGUACUGACUGCACACACAAACACGAACUCGGCUAAACUCGUGAAACUAUCAGUGUUGAAAGGUUAAUUUAAGGGGGAGCAUUUUUUCCAGACUUGCAGGACUGUGCGUCUGCCAGAGUUUUCAGUUUCUGUUUUUUUUACAGUCUAUCUUUCAACCAUCGGAGUCUGUCGUCACAUUGGCCAAGCAGUGUGUCAGUCAGGGCUGCAGCAUUCACCUGUUACUUCUCUCCAAGCAAGAUGUGGGCGGGGCUUGGCCGGGGCACAUUCCAUAUCUAACAGGUGGAGCUCUCUACACCUACAGCCACUUACAGGUAGGUCAACAGCUACUUAGAGCGCUUGCAGGGAGUGAAGAUUGUCAUGUCUUAAGUCUUAACCUCAUGGCUUUUUUUUUUUUUCAUCUUCACUGCAGGGAGAAUUGGACAGGGAGCGUUUCAGCGCUGAUCUGAAGAGGAUCAUCGAGUCGGAUACAGGCUACAAGGCUGAGCUCAGGAUUUUUGUCAGCAAAGGUGAGAGUUUUCUUAGAGUGAGUCUCUUUAAAAACGCCUGUGAGUCCCUUAUUCAUACCUAUCCUAUCAGAUCUACGAGUGUCGGGCUGUUAUGGACUUUUUCUCCCGGGGUCCAGCCCCAGCCUGGUCAACAUGGCAACUGUUGAUGGGUUUACGACGCUGGCUGUGGAGCUGGCACACACCAGGACUGUGGAUGAGACGAGGGGUGUAGCCAUACAGGUGGGUCCAUGUUGAGUUUUGCCAAAAUUGGACCAGCAGUGGGUUUGAUUUAUGAACUUUAGAGACUCAAAGCUAUAAGUUGAGCAUCUUUCCUCUCUCUUGUGUUUCAGGCUGUUUUGUCUUACUGCACUCAGUCGGGAGACAAAAGGACCAGGGUUCACACUCUGACCCUCAGAUGUUCACGCCAACUACAGGACACUUUCAGGCAGUACCAGGCCCAAACGCUGCUCACCUUCUACUGCAAAAAAAGUUAGUUUCUUACACUUUUGAUCAUCAUCGUGAUAAAAAAAACAAACCUAGCUCUAUAGCAACACCAGUCGAUUCAAUUCAGACUGUGAUUAUCUUGAAAGUUUACACUUCAAUACCUUUUUGUCACCCCUGUAAGGGGACUGAAAUAUCAGUAUAAACUGCAGAGUGAGGUAUUUCAUUGUGCUAAAGUACCGGUGUACUAUUAAAUGAAUGAACCUAUUGGAGUUGCUUUGAUCGACGUCUAAAUUUAGGAUCAGCGGAGGAGCAAGGGCACAAGUUUACCAGCAAUUACUCAUGUUUAGUGGAUCUGCCUGAACCCCUCAAUAUUUGAUGCUACUGAAGGCUGAGUUCAACCUUUGCACUGGACAUUAGCUGGAUGGAUGUUCCAGAUGUUGUAGAUUAAGAAACAGAUACACAUCUGCAUAAAAACUGCACAUUGCUGAGCACAGUGGUAGUCUUUGCAGGAUGACAGUUCAACCUUUAUCUCUCAGGGAAGCCUCCAAGAUCAGACUGUUGAUACACGCACACCAGUAUGAGUCAUAGUCCAGAUUUUAUGAUACUGAUUUAAAAAUUCUCAAAACUGAAAAAAAGGAAAAUAUCAGUGUUUGCUGAGGAAUGAAUAAAGUUUGAGGUGUGUUUGGUGUGUUUUUCCAGUUUAUUGCGCUGUGUUGGAGCGCCCUCUACAGGAGCUGAGGGAGGAACUGCAGACGGAGGUGACGGAAGCUUUGGCGUCUUAUCGCAGACACUGCUGCUCUGCAUCAGUGUCUGCUGGACAGGUGAGAACACCAACUCUCUCUGAAAUCCAACUGUGCAAUAUCCUCUAUUUUUCACCGAUUUGAGUACCGUUCUGUGUGUGUGUGUGUGUGUGUGUGUGUGUCCUGUAGCUGGUCCUCCCUCAGUACCUGCGAGCUCUUCCCGUCUACAUCAACAGUCUGAGAAAGAGCGAGGUGCUGCUGCCGGGCCUGAGGAGCUCCAUCCACCAGCGGCUGCAGCAGCGCUGUCAGGUGCUCAGCAUGGACACCUGCAACACCUGCACACACUUCUACCCUCUGCUGCUGCCUCUGGUCAGUACGAUCAGAACUCACUCAGACAAUCAAAUACACAUGCUUGCUCUGACAGACUUUGGGGGUCUUUUGGUCAUAAUAGUGUCGUUUGCAGAUCAUGUGAGGGCUGACAUUAGAAAACCAGCUCUUCUUUUACACCAAUUGCAUCCUGGGCCUUAUUUUUGAUUUUAUUGUGAGCACAUUUGUUGUUUUGCACUCUCACAUCAACCAAGGGGUGUCCCAAUUCUCUGUAAGGUUAAAGGGAAGGGCUAAGGGUUAGGGGUACACAGCCCUUGAAACAAAGACAAACUGGGUCCUCACUUGAAAGCAAGGGGCAAGAUUUUGAUAUGAUUUUCAUUGUAAUGAAACUCAUGCUUUUUACCAGAUAUUUAACCCUUUGCUACUCCAUGUAAAUAUUAGCGAUGUUUUCAAUUGUUGGCAUUUUAAAAUCACGCUAUUACAAGCUAGCUAACGAAGCUAUAGCUAUAGAGGGAAGGGGAAAGAGUGACAGUUGGGAUUGGCCCUUAAUCUGAAGGUCUCCCUUGUUUGUCUCUGCAGCCGCUCUCAGCCGACACCUCCAACCCUCCAGACUCAGAGGAGGUGCUGCGCUGCUCUGCGGCCAGCCUGGAGCCCAGACAGCUGUACCUGCUUCAUGCACCCCUCACGCUGCUGCUCUGGGUGGGCACACAAGUCCCAGCGAGCACCUUGGUAGAGCUGUUCAACACCAGCUGCUUUUCAUCUCUGCCCUCCGGAGAGGUGAGAGAUCACACUCUUUUCAUUUGUAUGUUGAUCUGUGCAGUUCUGAAUGCUCAUGUACACUUAUGUUUUCAGACGAAGCUGCCUUUUCUGGAGAACCCUCUGUCAGUCAGCGUCCGAUCCCUCAUCUCCAAACUGAACUCUCAGUCCCCUCGUGCUCGCAAAGUAAGCUUCUACCAAUAGCUGCUGUCCUGUCCAUGGUUUGAUACAGCCUGUGGUCUUGACUCAUGGUGCUUCUGCUGUGUGUGUGUGUGUGUUUGUGUGUGUGUGUGUGUGUGUGUGUGUUUUCUGUCUCAGCUGUGGGUGGUGAAGCAGGGCGACACCUGCGAGGAGGCUCUCCAGCGCCACCUGGUUGAGGACAAGAGCCCCAAUGGAGGAGCCUCCUAUGCAGACUUCCUUUACCAUCUCCACGUCAACUCAGUCCGGCUUCUGCAGUGACUUUACACACACACACACACACACACACACACACACACACACACACACACACACACACACACACACACACACACACACACACACUUAAACACACUUCUACACACAUGCGUAAAUCCUCUGACCUCUCAGGCUGUGGAAUGACUUUAAAACAGAACUGCAGUGUAGAGUAUCUAACCAGAAAAAAACAAAUGUAUGAUGAUUACAAAAUCACCGCAUGAGAGACAUUUCCAGAUGUCAAAGAUUUUAUUUAUUUAUUUAUUUAACGGCUGCUGUGAUUUGUUUGGUGUGAUGAAUGUGAUCCUUUCUGUUCUGAAAAUGUGUGUUUGGUGUUAAUUUAUCCCUGUGAGUGUGUGUGGGAAGCCCACAGUACUUACUCUGUGUGUGCAUCAUCUCCAUAAAUAAUAAAUAAAGGUUUUAACUCAACCUCUGCUGAAGUUUGUU